AUGGCUUCAUCUUCUUUAGCUUUCUCUUCUUCGCAAUUACAAUUUUCUUUGCAGAGGUCACAAAAGGUAACUGCUUCAAAACAAUUAAAACCAGCACCCCGACCAAUCACAGCCUCUGUCUCCAAAAAGCCAUCCUUUUCUACGCCAUCACCUCCUCACCCGGCAUCGACGGUUGGGCCACCAAAACCGAGCAAGCUUCCGAUCCGAAAAAUUCCGGGGGACUAUGGGCUCCCCUUGUUCGGACCAUGGAAAGACAGACAAGACUACUUUUACAACCAAGGCAGGGACGAGUAUUUCAAGUCCCGAAUUCAAAAAUACCAGUCUACAGUCUUUAAGACCAAUAUGCCACCCGGUCCUUUAAUUUCCUUCAACUCGAAAGUCACUGUUUUGCUUGACGGCAAGAGUUUUCCGGUCCUUUUUGACACUGACAAAGUCGAAAAGAAGGAUGUUUUCACCGGUACAUACAUGCCCUCCACUGAACUUACCGGUGGUUAUAGAAUCCUCUCCUAUUUGGAUCCGUCGGAACCGAACCACGCCAAGCUGAAGAAGAUCAUGUUCUUUCUACUGUCUCUCAGGCGCGAUCAGGUAAUCCCGGAGUUUCACAGCAGCUACACAGAACUGUUUGAUGAUUUAGAAAAAGAAUUAGCCACUAAAGGGAAAGCAAGUUUUGGUGAGGCCAAUGAUCAAGCCGCAUUUACAUUCUUGGCUCGAUCUUUAUACGGAGCUAACCCAUUUGACACCAAGCUUGGGUCCGAUGGACCCAAGAUUGUUAGCAAGUGGGUGCUCUUUCAACUGCAUCCAAUUCUAAUUCUUGGUCUACCAAGACCGCUUGAAGAUGGCAUUUUUCACUCAAUUUCUCUCCCGCCGUUCUUGAUAAAGAAAGACUACAAAAGAUUGUAUGAUUUCUUUUACCAGAAUUCAACUCCUGUUCUUGAUGAAGCUGAAAAACUUGGUCUAUCACGAGAAGAGGCUUGUCACAAUCUAAUCUUCGCCACUUGCUUCAACUCCUUUGGGGGGAUGAAAAUUUUCUUUCCCAACAUGCUUAAAUGGGUUGGUCGAGCUGGGGCCAAGCUCCAUACAGAGUUGGCACAAGAAAUCCGGUCGGUCAUUCAAUCAACCGGUGGCAAAGUCACCAUGGCUGCCAUGGAACGCAUGCCGUUGAUGAAGUCGGUAGUAUACGAAUCCCUGCGAAUUGAGCCGCCGGUGCCUCUCCAGUUCGCGAGAGCCAAACGCGACUUCGUGAUUGAAUCCCACGACGCAGCUUUUCAAAUUAAGGAGGGAGAAAUGCUCUUCGGCUUCCAACCAUUUGCGACCAAGGAUCCUAUGAUUUUCGAUCGGGCCGACGAGUUUGUGCCGGAAAGGUUUAUCGGCGAUGAAGGUGAAAAACUGUUGAGACACGUUCUCUGGUCUAACGGACCGGAAACUGAGAGUCCCACCGUGAACGACAAGCAGUGUGCCGGAAAAGAUUUCGUGGUACUGAUUUCGAGGCUGAUGCUGGUGGAGCUGUUCCUCCGCUACGACUCCAUUGAUAUUGAAGUCGGCGCGUCGCCGUUAGGAGCCAAAGUUACUGUAACGUCGUUAAAGAAAGCCAGUUUCUAG